AUGCAGAAGCUACCUACUCCGUUCCUAGGCUCCAUCGCCGAAGUCUGCAUCGUGACGCCGGACCACAAGAAAACCAUGGAUGGGCUUCUCCGGCUUGGUAUCGGUCCCUUCCAAGUCUUUGACUUCACUUCUUCCACCGUGCCAGAACGAUCAUUUCGCGGUAGCCCGGGCUCGUAUGAGCUGAAAGUUUGUUUUGCCAAACAGGGAAGUCUGACUUUCGAGAUCAUGCAGCCAGUGGCUGGUGAGAGUUUGAUGGCUGAGUAUUUGGAUCAGAGAGGCGGCAAAGAAGGUGUUCAGCAUAUAGCUUUUGACUGCGAGAAUAUACCCAUGCAGGAACGCAAGAGGCAGAUGCGUGAAAGAGGGUAUGAACCCGCCAUGGAGGGUGUUUGGAUGGGAAAUAAAGGCACUUGUCAUUUCUGCUUCUUUGAUACAGAAGACAGUACGGGCACGAUCUUUGAGAGCAUUGACUUCUCACACGACUGGGAGGAUCCAGACUUUGAGUGGUAUCCACAACCUCCAGAAAGGGACGAAUCAAACAAUGAUGCAGGGAAAGACUUGAGGGGAAAAUGA